AUGUUGAAGCCAAGAUUAUUCUCUACGCUGCGCUGUCUGCAGCAUGAGAACCCCCUGGGCCUUCCGCGCUCCGGCGCACCUCCGCAGCUACCACGCAUGCAACGAGGGCUGCCGCAAAGACGAAGCAUAAAAGACGUGAAGAAAGUAAUUGCAGUAUCGUCAGCCAAAGGUGGGGUUGGCAAGAGUACCAUCGCUGUCAACCUCGCCCUGAGUUUCGCGCGCCGUGGCUACAGAGCCGGCAUCCUCGACACCGACAUUUUUGGCCCUUCGAUACCCACACUUCUGAACCUCUCCGGCGAGCCGCGCUUGUCAGCAAACAAUCAGCUGAUUCCACUAUCGAACUAUGGCCUCAAGUCCAUGUCAAUGGGUUACCUAAUUCCUGAGUCCUCGCCAGUAGCAUGGCGUGGGCUCAUGGUCAUGAAAGCAUUACAACAACUGCUUCACGAAGUAGAAUGGGGCGGACUGGACGUACUGGUCUUGGAUAUGCCUCCAGGCACUGGCGAUGUCCAGCUCACCAUCACACAGCAGCUCAACCUUGACGGCGCAUUGAUUGUGUCGACUCCACAAGACUUGUCGCUCAAGGACGCCGUGAAAGGUGUAGAGCUGUUCAACAAGGUUAACGUAAACCUACUUGGUCUGGUUUGCAACAUGGCUGGAUUCAAGUGUCCUGGGUGCGGCUCGGUACAUGAGGUUUUUGGCAACAUGGGCAAGAUCAGGAACAUGUGCUCCAAGUACAAUCUGAAGAUGCUGGGCGAGAUACCGUUACAUGCUAGCAUUAGCGAUGAUGCCGAUCGUGGCAAGCCGACUGUUGUCGCUGAGCCAGACGGUGACAGAGCAGCGGCUUUCCUGGAGAUCGCGUGUGAGGUAGAGACUGCGAUUGGCUUGACUAGGUGAUCGAACGGUUACAACUGGAGGGGCCUUGUCGACCCGUGGAUACAGAACAAAAUAUGACAGACAGCAAACACCUUCGCGACAAGCAUUGCAGGAAAGCAAGGCUCCCAAACUCAAUUGCACGUACUGCUAAAGUUAGUCUACAGCGGUUGCUUCAGGACUGCGGCUACUUCCCGGCUUGGACCCCUCGAUUCCUUUCCAGCCACCAACCUGUCUCACCAAUCUUCAGUUCUCGGCGUGCAUCUCACAACCCACCAUCGAGUAUUGGCUUAGCCUGGUCCCGUGGCUGUUGCUCAAG